AUGUCCACCGAAGUUGUAUUAUCAGCAUCAAGUACAGACAGUACUAUUUAUUUAUGGGACAUUCGUUCCGGCUCUAGUAUUUUUUCAUUCAAACAAAGCAUGUCACAAAAGGGUGGUUUGACAUUAGUUCAGAAACCAGGUGGCAGUUUUCAGAUCGAUUCGAUUGUCGCAGCUCAAACCGAUCGUGCUAUUCUCAAUGUAUAUCAAUGGCAACGCGAUCAAGUACUUCAUAAAAUGACUACCAACGAAAAAAUGGUCAGCGUAGUAUCUUCACAUCAAGGUCGUUAUUUAGCAGCUGCAACAGCCAGUGGCAAAGUGUAUUUAUGGCAUAUACCCACCGGUCAUUUAUUACGAGUUUUUGAAGCCCAUUAUCGCCGGAUCAAUAAGCUUGCAUUCAGCUAUGAUGACGUAGUUUUAUUAACAGCAAGUGAAGAUGCGACAGUAAACGUAUGGUUGCUAGCACAUCUUGUGCAACCAUCGGAUAGUAAUAGUGGCUAUGGGGAUCUGACAGCACGCCCAUCCCCAUUAUAUUCUUGGUCAGACCACACAUUACCUGUAUUAGAUAUAUUUGUUGGUAUUGGCACUCUGUCAAGCACAAGAGUGUGCACAGCUAGCUUGGACCAUACAGUCAAGUUGUGGGAUUUGUCAACUGGUCAUCUUUUAACAACGUUUUUAUUCCCUAAGGGCGUUACCAGCAUUGUAAUGAAUCCAUCAGAAACAACCUUAUUCGCAGCUUGUGAAGACAAUAAAAUUUAUUCAAUUGAUCUAUACAAACGACACGAGGAUCAGUCCUAUGGAGUUAAUACUUUGAAGAGUUUAGGAGGCAUGAGCCGAGUUGAGUCGGUUGGUAUCAAAUCAAUAACAUCAUCAACAGCAAAAUCACAUAAACUAGCAGAGGAGGAAGACACAGGAUCGGUUUAUGUGGGACAUACAGAUAAGAUCAACUCAUUAGCACUAUCAUUUGACGGCACUGUACUUAUUUCUGGAUCAGAUGAUGGCAGCUGUAUCGUUUGGGAUGUACUUAGUCGUCAGUUAUUACGUAAAUUCGAACUACAUAAAGGGCCAGUGACACACGUUUCUUGCUUUUUGAAGCCAUUACAAUUACACUCUGAGUAUACUAAUAAUACAACUCAACAACAAUCCAAUAUACCAAUGCCAUGGAAGCCGUUAAAACGUGCUCUAGCAACAUCCGAUGAGGAAUACCGUGAUGCUAGCUAUCAGGUACUUACUAAUACCAGAAAAGACUUAGCGUCUCAUCAGCAACUGUCAGAUAAUGGUCCCUUAUAUUCAAAUGUGACCAGCGAAUUGAAGUCUGUUAACAGAGCCGCUGAAACUGUUAGACUUAUGAAGGUAUGUUUGAGUGUUAUUUGUAUAGUAUGCCUCAAAUUGUAG